CAGCUGAUGGAGCAUUCACUCUGAAAAAUUAAGCAGGCACAAUUUGUGAUGGAAAUAUUUUAGCUGGGACAAUUUCUGAGCGGAAUUUCGUAAAUGUGAAAAUUACUCGAAGGAACAUUGAAGAAGUUCUUAACGCUUCCGCGAUGGAUGAGUUAAGGACGAUUGAGGUUACCUGUCCCUCAAGUCCUAAGGUUGAGGUGGAGGGUCUCGGGCCCCCGGGCACCCCAGGGGGUGGUAGUUUCGGUACCCCUACUGGAUACGGGUUGAAGAAAAUCGACAAUCGCGUUAUAGAUAAGGGAUUUUUGAAAGAAUCACCAAGGAAACCCGUGGAUAUUAUAUUCAAGGGCCUAACUUAUACAGUAAAUGAGGGUCGCAAAAAAGGAUGUUAUGUUCCUUUUCGUAAAAACACGUCCACCGUCGGAAAGAAAACGAUUCUGAAAUGUAUCUCCGGGGAUUUCAAAUCUGGUCAGCUAUCGGCGAUCAUGGGACCAUCGGGUGCUGGCAAGUCAUCACUGAUGAACAUUCUGGCUGGUUACAGAACGCGUAACAUCAGUGGUGAUAUCCUGGUGAAUGGCAAAGAGAGAAACCUUCGUAAAUUCCGAAAGAUGUCAUGUUACAUCAUGCAGGAGGACCAGCUAUUGCCUCACUUGACGGUAGAGGAGGCCAUGAUGUGUUCUGCCAAUCUCAAGCUGAAGGAAUCACUUGGUGACACAGAGAAACGAAAAGUGGUGACUGAGAUCCUAGACAUGUUGUCGCUGACCGAGUGCAAAGGCACGUGGACGGCCAACCUGUCUGGUGGGCAGAGGAAAAGACUCUCAAUAGCGCUGGAACUGGUCAACAAUCCUCCAGUGAUGUUCUUUGAUGAACCGACGAGCGGCCUAGACAGCUCGUCGUGUUUCCAAUGCGUCCUCCUACUCAAGACGCUAGCUCAGGGUGGCAGAACAGUCAUAUGUACAAUCCAUCAACCCAGUGCAAAAUUAUUCGAAAUGUUCGACCAUUUGUACUUCCUCGCCGAUGGCCAGUGUAUUUACCGCGGUCAUGUACAGGGCUUGGUGCCAUAUCUACAACGGCAAGAGCUUAUAUGUCCGUCUUACCACAAUCCCGCAGAUUUCUUCAUGGAAGUUGCUUGCGGUGAACACGGCGACAGAAUCCCCAAACUAGUCAUGGCAGUCAAAGCUACAGUCUGUGAUAACUUUAAAGAUUCCUUGACGAAGCCAUUAAAUACACAAACGGUGUCGCCACUAGGCGGCCAAAGGCAGAACAACGGUGAAAUCACUUCCCAAAAUGGCGCCAAAUCAACUGGUAUUUCAAAUGGACAUAUAUUGAAGCCACAGGCGUUAGAGACGAAUGGCCUGUUACAAGAAGAAAACGACAGGGUUCAAGUUCUGCAGGCAAGUACAUCCUCAUCCCCAGCAGAGUAUCUCCCCACAUCCGAUAACCUCAGCCAAUCCGUCCAAAUGGACGACCCGGACUCUGGCAGCGAGCAAGGCGACCAGCACACGUUCAACACGAGUUGUCUCACACAGUUCAGGGUGCUCUUCGUACGAACAUUCAUGUCUAUCAUGAGGGAUACGACCCUGACCAGACUACGUCUCGCCUCUCACCUUGUUGUUGGGAUUCUGAUUGGACUCCUCUACUUAAACAUCGGCGACAAGGCUGGCAAAGCGUACAAUAACGCAGGCUGCCUGUUCUUCUGCAUGCUCUUCUUAAUGUUUACGGCGCUCAUGCCGACAGUACUAACAUUUCCAACAGAAAUGGGCGUCUUUGUAAAAGAGCAUAUGAAUUACUGGUACAGCUUAAAGGCCUACUAUCUUGCCAAAACUAUGGCUGAUAUGCCCUUUCAGAUCAUCUUUCCCAUAGUGUACGGCAGUAUUGUCUACUGGAUGACGAACCAGCCCAAUGACUUUGUCCGCUUUAUCAUGUUCCUGACCCUGUCGACACAGACGGCACUGGUGGCUCAGUCUCUCGGUUUGCUGAUUGGUGCUGCAACCUCUCUUCAGGUUUCUGUAUUCCUGGGACCAGUCACUGCGAUCCCUAUCCUCCUCUUCAGUGGGUUCUUCGUCAACUUUGACACCAUUCCCAAAUAUCUACAAUGGCUUUCCUAUGCCUCAUAUAUAAGAUAUUCCUUCGAGGGCACCCUGCAGGCCAUAUACGGCUUCGACCGCGACCCUCUCAGCUGCGAGGAAGAGUACUGCCACUUCAGCGACGGGAAAGACGUCUUGAAGGAGUUGGACGUGGAGAGUUCAAGAUUCUGGCUGGACUUCGUCGUUCUCUGUAUCUUCUUCAUCCUGUUGAGAGGAGGCUGUUACAUUGUGCUGCGAUGGAGGGUGAAAUCUCAACGGUAGAUCGAUUGGUUGCUAAGGGAACUGUUGAGGUUGAUUGGUUCCUAGGGAACCGUUGCCGAGUAACCAAGAUUCUGCACUGGACUUUGUCGUUCUGAUCUUCUUCGUGCUUUUUAGAGGGGCUGUUAUAUCGGGCUGCGAUGGAGAGUGAAUCUCAACGAUAGAUUGAUUGGUUGCUAUAGGAACUGUUGGGUUUAAUUGGUUGCUAGGGAACAUUUGCCGAGUAUCCACGAUUCUGGUGAUAAAAUAGUUCUUUCUGGUCAUGUGAAUUUCAUGUUUUCUUCUGCAAUAGUUCCAAUUUGGCGAAAAUCAUGCCUUCUUCUGUACAGGUGGAUAUCUGAUGACGUCAGGAAAAUGUGUAAACAUCCUGCGCGCGCAUCACAGCAGCUCUUCCACAUGGUUUUCAUCGAGAAAAGCUGCGAUAAAUUGGUCCCCUGUUGAUAUUUCAAACCGAUGGUGUACUGUUUAGCUUGCUGGCGGCCAAUAAGUUAUGCGUGACGUCAGAACGACGGCAUUUUGUAAACAAAUCCAUCUAAUGAUGGUGACGUAAUAUGGAUCGGAAGUGGAGGAGUUUGCAAAAGGAUGAUGAACUACAGAAGGCUUUCUGACUUCUACAUUUCAGGAGCUAUAACUGUACCAUUUUAUCUUACUAGUCAUUAAGAUUUUGGUAUCCAUCUCAUAAAAUGUUUAACAUUAACUUUCUUUUGCACGAAGCAAUGCAACAUGAUGAGAAGUUUCAGACUUACUUUUAGAUUCUCAAUCAUAACAGAGAAAAUGUGUGUUUUCCGAGAGCUGCUAUAGCUGUGAUGUUUUGUUGCCACCGAGAUGCGUUAGUUGCCUGGGUGUUGUGUACAUUGCCAUGGUGAUGCAUACAUUGCCGUGUUCAUGUUAGUGCAAAUGGAUUAGAUUGCUGAUGUACAGAAUACAUUUGCAUUGAUAAUGUAUACUUAUGCAUUGCUUAUGUAUUUGCAUUGCUGAAGUAUACAAUUGCAUUGGUGAUGCGUACCUUUUCAUUGCUGAUAUGUAGAUUUGCAUGGUGAUGUUUGCAUCUGCAUGCAUUGGUACGUGAUGUACACAUUUGUAUCAGUGAUGUGUACAUAUGCAUUGGUGACGUAUACAUUUUCAUCGGUGAUGUAGAAGUGAUGUGUAUAUUUGUCGUGGUUAUGUAACUUGCCUUGAUCAGUGAUUUACAGGUACCCUUGGUGAUGUAAACGUUGCCAAGGUGAUGUAUACAUCGCCUUGAUGAUAUAUAUAUAUUAACUUAUAUUGAUAGUGUAUCGGUUGCCUUGGCAACAGCUUAACACAUCUCACUAAAUGGUAAUCGAAAAUGACCGUGUAUGAAAUGAUAAAAAGAUGUGUUUUUACUGUCUAUGAGUUCCAUGGCUGAUUAUUUUGCCGAGGUAUAGGCAUCUUGACCAAGCGUUUUAUUGAAUACUGUGAUUGGCCACCUAUUGGCAGAUAUUAGAGACACUUUUAUAGAAUAAAUGUCACAAGGCCUCUUGCUCCAAAAAACUUCAUGUGUGUAAAUAUAUUGUGAUUGAGGGCCGUUCUACGUCAUAAUCUCUGCACUCAGCAAUGAGUCAGGUUCUUUGACAAUCUGACCUCCAUAAUUUUGGAAGGGAAUAUGAGAUUUCGAAAAGCAUUAUAUUCUAAUUUCGAGUUUUCAAGCAAAUUAAUGCAUCUUUUUCUAUCGCAAUAUUCCGAUCUCAGACAUAGUGAAGUACAAAAGACACUUACUAUCAUUAAUCCCGAGUAGGCCUUUUCGGAUCAAAUGGGUACAAGAAAAAGCGAGGACUUUUGUUACAUGUCAUGUCAUAUGUACUAAGUAUUGUUGGUCUGCGUUGUGAGACUAAGUACCACUCGGCCUAUCAUCGACGCCUUUAGAGGGGAAACAUUCUAAUCAGACACAAUCUUUAAACUUGGAUUGAAUUUUAACAUGGCGGUUGUACUUCAAAACUGCUGAUAAGACUGACAAAGCGUCAACUUCAACCAUGUUGCACAAUGCCACCGCUUCAAGUUCUGUUUUGAAAAUCACAAGUACAAAAAGCAGUAAAAAGUGUGAAGUGUGUUCUUUAUUGAAAGCGUGAAUAAAUUUGCGGUGCAAUAUUCGAGACAAGUAUACUGUAUUCGUACAUGUACAUAGUGCGGUGAUUUGAUGGUACGUUUGUAAUGGGUGAUAUAAAUAAAGGCUAGCAAAUGCUUUUACUUCAAUUUUGUACAGAAAGGCCAAGUGUAAAUGUACAUGCUUUUAUCUAAAACUCCACGUACAUUUACACUUGGCCUUUCUGUACAAAAUUGAAGUAAAAGCAUUUGCUAGCCUUUAUUCAUAUCACCCAAUGUCUCGUGUUUUCAAAUAUAUGAGCAAUAUCAGAUGGUUUUGAUUUUUGAAAUGCGUAUGGCCUCAGUGAAUUGUUGUUUUGGAUUUUUUAAAGUGACUGUGAAGGAGUUUAAAUGGUUGAUAGUAAGUUAGACAUGAGGUGUCGAAACUAGUGAUCUUUGUCUUCGUGGUUUGUUAUCGUUUUAGUUUGAACAGCGUCUGCCAGGCAAAAAAAUAUCUAACGUGGAUAAUCUAUAUGCCCUUUUUGUGUGUGUGGGGGGGGGGGGGGGGGGGGGUUGGACUGAACAUUAAAAGCAACGAUUUGGACCCAUUGUGGCGGCCUCUUUUAUCAACUUCCGGUCGCUUUUUAGCCAAUCAGACGGACUGCAUGUACUCAAUCAUGGCGCUGCCUUCAGCCCCGGACAAGCAUGAUAGCUGUCUUCUGAUUGGUCAAUAUUGAUGCCUCAUUGCUUCGUGGAGAAGCGGCAAAUACAAAUUUUGUUGAAAACUCAUGACAUCACAUACUUAAGCAGAGAUUGCUAGCAGAGACAGUUGUUCAUAUAUCAGGACCAAACACUUCCUUUGUCUUCUUCCUUAAAGGGACAACUUGGGCGUGCGAUUGAGGUGAAAUUACCCCUACUGGUGGCACCAUGCACCGCCACAUGUAAUGCCACACAAUUCCUGAUCUCUCGUUUUUGUAAUGAUUUCCGCAAGUUGAGGCCGUCGCACAAAUUUCAUGUAGGCCAACGGUUACAUUCCGUUCUGUAAGACUUUUCAAUGAUCCUGUUUGGAGCAGUGGCGGCCCUGCUGGAAGCCAUUUUUGUCUGGAAAACCAACAUAUCUCAUGCCCUUUUUGUCCCUUUAUGUAUACCAUUAUGAUUACUGCUAUUUUUUCCUCUCUCUGCUCUCUUAUUUAAGUACAGGCAGGCCCUGUAACAGUGCGUGUACUAGUGAUAUACUUGCUUUCUCUGCCAUUGCUUUGUAACUACAUGUACGUAAAAGUAACUGUAUAACGAUAAGGUAUUACAUAAACUGUAAAUACACUUUGAAUACAAGUUUGAAUAUGGCAUAUUCAUGUAUUUAUUGCGUAACAACGAUGACGAUUAUGAUUUGUCUGUGUCUUCAAGAGCACUGUGCGGUUGAGUCGCCACUAAAGGCAGAAUGGUCCCGAUACUGCCCCAGGUAUACCUUUCGAAAAGGUUUUUCAAUUUUCAAAUCCAGAUUUUAUCGUUGGAAAAUGGUGGCAAAUUACCAUGGUGUUUUGGAACGGUAACGUAAGUUUACCAUGGUGAGAAUCGAUUUUACCAUGGUGUUUUGGAACGGUAACGUAAGUUUACCAUGGUGAGAAUCGAUUUUACCAUGGUGUUUUGGAACGGUUACGUAAGUUUACCAUGGUGAGAAUCGAUUUUACCAUGGUGUUUUGGAACGGUAACGUAAGUUUACCAUGGUGAGAAUCGAUUCCACAGUGAUGAGCCUGGUAAAAUGAUAUUCACAACCAUUAUGGUGAAUUCAGCCUUUACCAUGUUUACUACGGUGAUUUUUUUUGUAAGUUUGCCCAUCUUGUGGUAGCAACUUGUACUAUUUGACACAGAAGUCAUGUUUGGCUGAUAUAGCCGACAAUUUGAAACUGUGGUAUUUUUAAAAAAUGUGAUUCUUCGGGUUACAAUGUCACAUUCGAUACACGUAAAUCAAAGAGUAUUUACCAGAGACUUGUCAAUUGCACUAGAACAAUACAUGUACAUAGCAGCACCAGACAGAUUAGCAUAAUAUUUGCAUCAGUAAGUAUAUGUAAUAAAUGUGGUGGUCUUUUAAGUCGCACAACAAUGCAAUUAUGUCUUCGUAGUGAAUAUAUAUAAGAUUCGUUCCAUACGAACAGCUAAUUGUAACACAAAAGGCAUAGAUACAGACUACUGCAGGCCCGAACUAGAUUUAUUGAUGACGUCAAUCUGUGAUUGCCAAGACAGGCCGCCAUCUUGUUUCAGCCAUUUCAAGAUUCUUGGUGAAAAUACCAGAAUCAUCAACCCGAAUCAAUUUACACACACAGUACGACUCAGUCGACGUGAAUAUACACAGUGCACGUAUAAUAAUAAUAAUACGAGUCUUAUAUAGCGCAUUAUCCAACUCAAAGCGCACGUGAUGUACAUUGCCUGUAGCUUGUGGGUCAGUUGAUUAAGAUCUGAGCAAUCUCUAAUAUGCGGCAAUCUCAAGCAGCAGCGAUCUUUUUCCUGUUUACGGGAGCUCCGAGUUGGCCUGUGUAUCAUUAACAUUAUUUGAGGUCCUGUGUCACGUGUGUACAUUUGUACAAUGUAAACUACAAUGUAAAUAUGCUGUAAACAUUGUAUGGCUAUGCGCUGUAUCAGGUUCAUUGUAAAAUAAAGUGUAAAGUAUCAAUAUCAA